AUGGCUGUGCCCACCCCGCUGCCCCCCAGCCUGCGCCGGGGCUUGGUGGCCUUCAGUGGGUCCCUCUUCAUCAACAACAAGACGUGGGAUAGCGGCACUGCCCCCAGCUACCAGCCAGGCAGCAGCACCCAAAGGGUUCCUGAACCCACCCACCAGGGAGGGAGCAAAAAUAAGAACAUUUGCUGCAAUCAGCUGCUUGUGGGACCCAGGGCCUGUUGCUCCCCUCCACAAGCUGUGAGGGGGGGUCCCUCUGGGCAGGGGGACCCCGGGACUGGUGAGCAGCCUGCCCAUCCCUGCCUAGCUCACAAGGUGCUGUCCAGCCUGCCUCUCCAGGUGAUGCUCUACUUCAACGUCUACUACUUCCCAGUCUGGUGCCUGGCUGAGGGGAUUAUGCUGCACCUGAAGUACCACCUGCUGCCUUGGCACUAUCAGUUCCUGCUGGUCACAGCCUUCCUCAUCCUCUCACUGGCUGAGGGCUCCCGCCUCUACCUGGGCUACUUGGGGAACCUCCAGGAGAAGGUGCCUGAGCUGGCUGGGUUCCUGCUCCUCUCCUUCCUGAUCCAGCUGCCCCUCCUGCUCUUCCUGCUGACGGACAGGCAGGUCAUCCACCUACCGCUGGAGGUGCCCAUGCACAGCCUGUUCCUGGUCUUCCUCCUCCUCGAGAUCGUGGCUGCCUUCCUGGUGCUGAGGACCAUGACCAAGCAGCUGGCAGCACAGUUUUACCUGCGGCAGUUCCAGGAGGGUGGGAGGGGCCGGCUGGAGCCUGGGGGCACAGGGGGACAGGCAGCCAAGAUGGGGUGA